AAGAGAAAGUAUAGGAGGGAAAAGUUUCUCCGGUAGAAGCUAUUCUACUGUACGCCAUGAAAGCGGAUACUGUUGAUAUCAUUAUAUUUUGGCUUUACUUGUAAUUUAGUCUCCCACUAAAAACAAACACAGUAUAGCUGUAAUUUCCGUGAGCAAAUUCAGUGUUCAGUUCAGGCUCAGCCCUUCAAACCACCCAUGUUUUCUCUUUUCAAUUUUCACUUCUCAGUUCACCGUCACACACCAUUUGCUGACUUAGAUAAGACCACCACUGCAAUUCACCUCCAUCUGUUUCUGCUCCAUGCCUGUCUUCCAAAGCAACAAUCUUUAAUUUUUUUCUCUCAUUGAAAAAUAAUAUAAUAAUACAAACAAACAGUACCCAUCUCUUCUUCUCUUCUGUUUUAGUCUUUAUAUAAUCCCCCUCUACCCAGCAACCUCUAGCAACUUUUCUCUUUUCUUUCGCGCUUUCUCCUUCUGGGUUCUUUGCUUGCUUUGGAACCAUGAGUUAUUUCACUAGGGAUGCAAUGGCAUUGCCUGUAGUUUUGCUUCUGCUGUGUUUUUUCAUUGUAGUAGAGUCCAACCUCUCCCUUUUUGAUCGAAUUUUUCAGUUACCAGGUCAACCUCAUGUGGGUUUCCAGCAGUAUUCAGGUUAUGUGACCGUUGAUGAUAAAAGCAAGAGAGCUCUGUUUUACUACUUUGCUGAAGCUGAAACAGAUCCAGCUUCCAAGCCUCUUGUUCUCUGGCUAAAUGGAGGGCCCGGUUGCUCUUCAUUGGGAGUUGGAGCUUUCUCUGAAAAUGGGCCAUUCCGGCCAAGCGGGGAGGUUCUUGUCAAGAAUCAGUAUAGUUGGAACAGAGAAGCAAAUAUGUUGUAUUUGGAGUCACCAAUUGGAGUUGGCUUCUCUUAUUCCGCUGAUACUUCCUCUUAUGAGUCUGUUAAUGACAAGACCACAGCUAGGGACAAUCUGGUGUUUUUGCAAAGGUGGUUUGUCAAAUUCCCCCAGUACAGAAACAGAAGCUUGUUCAUCACUGGAGAAAGCUAUGCUGGUCAUUAUGUACCUCAACUAGCAGAACUCAUGCUUGAAUUCAACAAAAAGCACCACUUGUUCAAUUUGAAAGGAAUUGCUAUAGGAAAUCCAGUUCUGGAGUUUGCUACAGACUUUAAUUCGAGGGCUGAGUUCUUCUGGUCUCAUGGAUUGAUAUCAGACACAACUUAUAAAAUGUUCACUUCAGUUUGUAACUAUUCACGUUAUGUGAGUGAAUACUAUAGAGGUUCAGUUUCUCCUAUUUGCUCAAGGGUGAUGGGUCAAGUGAGUAAAGAAACAAGUAGAUUUGUAGACAAGUAUGAUGUUACUCUUGAUGUUUGCAUUUCAUCAGUGUUCUCACAGUCCAAGGCCCUUAGUCCCAAGCAAGUCGCAGACAAUGUAGAUGUAUGUGUAGAAGAUGAAACAGUUAACUAUCUCAACAGGCAAGACGUGCAGAUGGCUCUCCACGCACGCCUUGUAGGCAUCCAAAGAUGGACUGUUUGCAGCAAUGUCCUAGAUUAUGAGCUGCUGGAUUUGGAGAUGCCAACAAUUCCUAUUGUCGGCAGACUCAUCAAGGCAGGAAUCCCAGUUUUGGUUUACAGUGGAGAUCAAGAUUCUGUUAUCCCAUUGACUGGAAGUCGAACCUUAAUCCAUGGACUGGCCGAGGAAUUGGGACUUAAAACCUCCGUGCCUUACAGAGUUUGGUUUGAGGGGCAGCAGGUUGGUGGAUGGACUCAAGUAUAUGGCAACAUCCUGUCCUUUGCCACCAUCAGAGGAGCAUCACACGAAGCUCCAUUUUCUCAGCCUGAGAGAUCCUUAGUGCUGUUCAAGGCAUUUUUAGAAAGGCGGCCUCUGCCAGAAGCAUUUUGAUCUGAUCAACUCAUCAGUUAUUGGAUCAGAAUACAAAUUGAAUUGUGAUUGCAAAAAGUCACUUGCUGGUUUGUUUGUUUUGUUACUUGGAGUUGUCCAUGCUAUGGAAUGUAGAAAAAUUUUGUAAAGAUUUUGAGUAAAGGAAAAAAAAUGUAUUUUAUUACGAAUGUUAAA